AAUAUCAAUGACACCAUUCUGAAUCUGUCUCUCUCUGGACUUCCACUUGAUGAAGGCAGGUGUUGGUAACACAAUUCGUCAUUGCCUUCUAUGUACCAACUCAGCCUUUUGCUGACUGCAGAUAAAAGAGGCUAAAGACCAGAAUCUCAAGCCAUAGCCUUUGGUCAUUGUUCACCACUCCUUCCUGUGUUUCUGAGCUGUAGCCAACUUGCAAGUAGGUACUGUAUGAUCCUGCCAGCAGUGCUUCCAUAAGAUCCUCCAGACCCAAUGGCAAGCAAGCUAGUUCAACAGCAUCAUCCUCUCUCAAGGCAACAUGCCCAUCAUAAAGGAGUCAUCGAUCCAAACCACCUCCACUGAAACACUUGCGGAUGUCCUUAAAGCCUCCCUGAAGAGGUCAAAGGUCACCGCCGGGACUCUGGAUUCUAACAAAUUAAAAUGGAGAAGAUCCAUGCAGGAAGGCACCCGAGUAUAUCGAAGGAUUUAAUCAGGAAUGUGCAGAAGCAGAGUCAAGGGGUCAGAGACAACAUCUCAAGCCAUAGCCUCCCCGCAACAUCUUGCUUCACAUGGCAGAGCUUGUAGACUGCACACGGAAUGUGUCAGCUAUCAUGAAACCCAUUGAAACAGCAUGGAAACAAGUCACCCUCAAUCUCAAGGGAUGGCUAAGAAGAACAGAGAGAGACUGGUACUCCUGUGCACCGCUGUCACCUCCCAGAGAGUCAAGUUUGUGUUGAACAAGCAGGAAAACUAAACCAAAUGAAUGGAAAUGCCUGAGGAGAUCUUGGCCUUGAUAUUUUCCUACCUGUUGGUGUGUGAAAGGCACUCAGUCUCACAAGUCUGCAGAAAAUGGGCAGAGGCUGUUGCUUCUCCUGCUGUGUGGUAUUACACUGUAGUGAGGUGUGACUCUGGAGAGGAAAAUGACCAGAAUGUGCAUGCAUGCCAACAGUUCCAGCAUCAUAUCAAAUACCUGAAGAUUUUGUGCAAUCAGUCUUUCGAAGCAAAUCGCAAGAACUUUGUCCAAAUUCUACACAACUUGUCUGAAUCGGCAACGGAACUGUUGGGCCUCUCCACUGUAUGUAUUGGUGAAAAUCCUUACUUCUAUUCCGGGCAGGACUUGCUGCAAAGUAUCAAAAGUUUAUUUAAAACAGCCUCCUACGUACGUCUCCGCCACAUUGACUUCCGAGAAAUGCCAUUCACUUUGGAUGAUAGCAUUGUCCAACUUGUCACCAGCAGAAGUCCAUCUUUGGAGAGUUUGUUCAUCAAUAAUAAGACGCUUGUGUGCAAGGUGACUUCCGAAACUCUUCAGGAGGCCCUGAGGAGUUGCCCAAAUCUGGCUGCUCUGGGAUUGUUUUAUGCAAGCCUGACAGAAAACAUCCUAGCUGAGCUACUGAAUGCCAAGCGACCGCCAUUGAAACUCCUUCAGCUACACUGUGAGCGUAUGGAUAAAUAUAAUCCAACUAUCUCAGCUGAGAUGUGGGAGGCUCUGGCAAAGAGAUACCCUACUCUUUCUGUGGACAUCGAGCUGGACCAUACAGUCCCUGCUAAGAAAAUACCCCAAAUCCUGCAGCCUACUAUCCCAGCGGCCAGCCUAGAAUUAAGUACCUUCACGUUUAUGGUGGAGCAAGUCAACUUUAUCUCUCAGAACUAUCACAACACGUUAAAAAGGAUUGUUCUGCAAACAACAUCCUCUGAUGAACUGAACCAGGCCUUGAUGAGACUGGCAUCUUGCUGCUUGUCUUUAGAAGAGAUUCAUUGCUACUGUGUGGUGGCCGUGGAUGUUGUGCAAGCUUUCAUUCUGCACUGUCCCAGACUCUGCAGAUACACCCUGAAAACCUCUAAAGAGCCGCACCCCUGGCUGCCAGCAAUUCUACGAUGAAUUUAGGAAUUGAGCUGCAUGACCCAAGUUGUCAAGUGACAGUGAAUAAACAUCUGUUGAUUCUGCUUGAAGAAUGUGCACAGGCGCUUGUUUUAAAGGGCUCCCUCCAAGGACAGAUCUAAAUAUUUUGAAAAUUGAAAGGUCUCAGCUUGCAACAAAAGGACCCGAUAGUACAAAAGACAUUAACAAAUGGAAAAUUUACAGCUUCUGCAAAACAAACAGCCUUAAAAAUCAUUGUGGUGUGCAACAACUGAUGGCCAAUUGUCUCCUAAUCCCAUGCCUUCAACAUUUUACACAUGGUAAUGUGAUGGUCAGGUCCAUUCUACACUCUAGCAUCCUAUUCAGUAAGCAACUCUCUCCUGAACCUUCUAUAUACAUACCAAACCAGUUAAGUUCGUCAGAGUAUUUGCGUUGCAGUGAGAAAUUAUAUUGUGUCCCAAAGUCACACCAGGCCUGUUUGGCCUCUUUUUAUAAACCCAUAAAUUGCAUGUUUUACUUUUGUUAUUGGUAUUCCUUUGUAAGGCCAUGGAUGACUGCUGUUUUGGAAACGAAGGAGCUGGUUUCUGUGCAGGUGGGAAGCCAUGUUCCAUCUUUCGCAAAGCAGCCUUCAGAGGGUAUAAAGGAAAGCAGAGGGGCAGGACAGUAUAAAACACAAACAGCGAACAGACCUAACCACCACUUGGGUUGCAAGGUGGAUAGCUUCCUCACUCAAAAUUCUCCAGUUUAGAGCUACUUUAAUAUGACGGUAAUUAGAUGUGGUUAGAUUAGAUUCUUGUGGUAUUAAUAAUAAAAUAUUUCAAAGUUGCACUCUCUCCUCACACACCCAGCAUAAUCAUCGUUGUUGUCUUUCUCAUUAACAUACUUUUAAUUUUGAAGUAUACAAGGAUGUGUUCAGACACAUAAUCAGCAGUGCCCUGAAAUUGGAUCUCUUAACAUAGGCAUUGACUGUGCUUUAAGAAAGAUCACUUUGUUUUUCAUAAAUAUAAGACACUUUAAUUUUGAAAAGUUUAUUCUGGUGAUCUUUUGGAAGUAUUAACAGAGGUGUGAAUACAGUCAAGAGUGCUACAACCUUCAUUUUGUAAAAUGUAUUGUUCCUGAUUAUCACUGUUAACUGUAUAGAGAGCUAAAAGGAAAACCUAGAAUUUAUAAGCUGUUUAGCUGUUUUUUCCUAUAACUUUGCAAUAAGAAUUCAAGUAACUUCAUGACUCUUAAAUGCAAUGGCUUCUUUUUGUCUAUUUAAUAAUAUUAAAAUACUUAAUUUCUA